AAUAUUCCUCCGUUGGUUCCUAUGCUUAGGAGAAUAUGUCACUCUCUCUUGUACUGGGUAUAAACCUAAGCAAAUAUUCUUUGCGUUCUCAGGUGCUCUCAAUCACUUUCUCAAACUCUACAUCUCACAAGAGAAUAAUAUACCAAAGUUGGUAAAAUGGCUGAGGACAGUAAGGCCACUGGGAACCAUGACCUCACUUCUGAUAAGAACUUAUCUUCAGAAAGUGGUAAUGAGGUAUCAAUUGAUUCCUUAGCACGAAAGGUGCAAGAAUCUCUUUCACUGGCGAAGAGGCAUAAGUUUUGGGAGACCCAACCAGUGGGCCAGUUCAAGGAUCUUGGAGAUGAAAGCUUGCCUGAAGGUCCUAUUGAACCGCCAACACCCUUAUCUGAAGUUAAACAGGAGCCUUACAAUCUUCCUAGUCCAUAUGAGUGGACCACCUGUGAUUUGGAUUCAGAAUAUACGUGUAAUGAGGUCUAUGUUCUGCUAACAAACAAUUAUGUUGAAGAUGAUGAGAACAUGUUUAGGUUCAAUUACUCAAAGGAAUUUCUUCGAUGGGCAUUACACCCUCCAGGUUACUUUAAGAGCUGGCACAUUGGAGUCAGAGUGAAGACCUCAAAAAAAUUGGUUGCUUUUAUUACAGGGGUACCUGCAAGAAUACGUGCUAGUGAUACCGUCGUGCUCAUGGCGGAGAUCAACUUUCUGUGUGUUCAUAAGAAGCUUAGAUCAAAGAGACUUGCUCCCGUCAUGAUAAAGGAGGUCACAAGGAGAGUUCACUUGGAAAACAUUUGGCAAGCUGCUUAUACAGCUGGGGUUGUCCUUCCAACACCUAUAUCAACAUGUCAAUAUUGGCAUAGAUCUUUGAACCCAAAGAAGCUUAUCGAUGUCGGGUUCUCUAGGCUUGGGGCGAGGAUGACAAUGAGUCGCACAAUAAAGCUUUACAAGUUACCUGAUCAGACCGUCACGCCUGGGUUCAGAAAGAUGGAGCCCCAUGAUGUACCCGCUGUAACUCGGUUGCUUAGGAAUUACUUGAAGCAGUUUGUCGUUGCACCUGAUUUUGAUGAAAAUGACGUGGAACACUGGCUUCUGCCUAAGGAGGAUGUUGUUGACAGCUAUCUGAUUGAAAGCCCCGAGUCUCAUGAAAUCACCGACUUCUGCAGUUUUUACACCCUUCCUUCAUCAAUUCUUGGUAAUCAGAAUUAUUCCACUCUGAAGGCUGCUUAUUCUUAUUACAAUGUUUCAACUAAAAUUCCAUGGAUUCAGUUGAUGAAUGAUGUUCUCAUUGUGGCAAAGAAAAAGGAUUAUGAUGUUUUCAACGCUCUAGAUGUUAUGCAUAACGAAACUUUCUUGAAGGAACUAAAGUUUGGCCCUGGUGACGGGAAACUCCACUACUAUCUCUACAACUAUCGGAUAAAGCAUGUUUUAAGACCAUCAGAACUUGGGCUUGUACUGUUGUAGUUUGUGCUAGGGGGAUUAUUGCGUGCCUGGGAAGCAGUUUUGGUAAUGUGCGAUCAGUCUCAUUUUUGAAGCCCCCUAAUUGCCCUGCUAUACUUUUUGCAUCCAUGAAUACAUUAAGGCGCCGGUGUGAAACUUCUAAACAUAGUCUUUGAGCUUAAGUUGAUUGUACUUUAUGAUGUCCACGUCGAUCUCAUGAUCUUAAAUAUUCUCAUUAAUUGUCAUCUUGUGCACAACUCCAGAAUCUCACCUUUGGUAUCUAUCUUCAAAGCAAUUAUAUCAUGUUCAGGUUAUGUUGUU